AUGGCUCACCUGCAACCCCACGUCGAACGUCCCCUGUACCCGGCCGGGGUUCCCAGCAAGUUCGCUCCCGACGGGGCGGUUCAGGCCUUCCCAGGAAACACCAUCGUCUGUCACCUUUCCCCGUCCGAUCCUCUCUACGUCUCAAUGCAGAAGCUCAGCGACAAGCUCGCAGCCAGCAAGUUCGCCUCUUUGAUCACCCUCCUACCAGCGACGAGCGUCCACAUGACAAUGUUCGAAGGCGUGUGUGAUCAAAUUCGGAAACCUGGAUACUGGCCAUCUGAUCUACCCCUCGAAGCCCCUCUUGAGGAGUCCAAUUCUAGAUUUGAGAAAGCUCUGGGUGCAUUUGAUCUCGAAGAUGAGCAUGCGCCCCCGUACAAAAUGACGGUGAGGGGGUUUGACCCACUCGAAAUCGGCAUCGGCGUCCGGCUUGACGGGCGCACGCCGGCCGAGACGGAGCGACUCAGAUCCUUGAGGAACAGACUCGCAGACAAGCUGAAAAUCCGGCACCCGAUACACGAUGGAUAUGGCUUUCACCUCAGCGUUGCAUACCUGCUCCGACACCUGACAAGCGAGCAGAACCAAGAGCUUGAGGCUCUCCUACUCAGUCAUCUUGAGGAGAUGCCCAGGAAUUUUGAGUUGGGUGCGCCGGAAUUCUGCACAUUUGAAAACAUGUUUGCAUUCAAGCGUGUCCUCUUUCUCGGGGGAGGGUCGAAUUGA